AUGUCUGAUAUCAAGGAGCCCGGAUUCAAGUCGUCUGAGACGCUCGCAGCGCUCGCAGCCGUCUUCGCUGGCUACAACGACGAGGAGAAGAAGGCGCAGAUCAAGAAGACCAACGGCAUCUUCGAGUUGCGCGUGAAGAAUGCGGAGGGCAAGGAGGGCGUCUGGACGAUCGAUUUGAAGUCUACGGGGUCGGUGUACAAGGGCGCGGCGAAGUCGAAGCCGAAUGUGACGCUCAUCAUGUCCGACGAGACGUUCCAGCAACUGGCGGAGGGCAAGCUCGACGGACAAAAGGCGUUCAUGACUGGCAAGCUCAAGACGAAGGGCAACAUGAUGUUCGCUACCAAGCUGGACGGAGUGCUGAAGGCGGCCAAGACAAAGGCCAAGCUGUAG